AGUAAUGCACUUCACUGGCUUUUAGUGUGUGCUCCACUAUGGACCGUAGACGGGAUGCCCGGCACUGCAGGAAUCCCUUCAUGCUCCGGAAUGACAGAUGACAGAAGCACUAUGCUGUACAUCCUGGAAGAACCUCAGAUGCGCGGAGAAGGCGAGAGGCUUCAAACGUUCCAGACCUGGCCAACAGAUGCUCCUGUCACAUCUGGAGACCUCGCCAAGGCGGGAUUCUUCUUUUUAGGCCAAGGAGACAAAGUCCAGUGUUUCUGCUGCGGUGGGGUUUUAAGAUGUUGGGUACACGGAGACAGUCCCACGGCCGAGCACAAGAGACAUUUCCCCACCUGCAGCUUCAUACUGGGACGAGCUGUGGGGAACAUUCCGCUGCGAGCUGGCUCCUCGGACUCUGUGGACGGGCAACUUUUGAGCCAACUCCAGAGGAUGACUAUGGACGACCAGGGGACGGCAGGACAGGCGGUCUACCCCGAGAUGGAAGCAGAGGAUUCCCGGCUCACAACCUUCCACAACUGGCCCACAGAGGCUUCAGUCCAGCCGGAUCUUCUUGCCAGGGCUGGAUUUUUCUACACAGGUCACGGCGACAAUGUCAAGUGCUUCUACUGCGAUGGAGGACUGAGGAACUGGGAGCUGGGAGACGACCCUUGGCAGGAGCACGCCAAGUGGUUCCCACGUUGUGAGUUUUUAAUUCAGUCAAGAGGGCAGGAAUAUAUCAGAAACAUCCAGGAUGCUCAUUUCCAUCUGGGUGAGACUGUGCCUGUGGGUGGCUCACAAAUGUCCACAGGCAGAGAAAUUGGCUCCAGAAAUGAUGUGGUUGGCAGUUUGUCAGCGUCGUCAGCUAUGCUCUCCCCCGUGGUGCAGACGGUGCUCCAGAUGGGUUUUGAAGCCAGCCUGGUAGAGAGUCUAGUCCAGACCAAGUACCUUUUGACAGGCCAACACUACUCUCACGUCUCUGACCUGGUCAGCGAUGUGCUGCAGGCGGAGGAGGAGGACAGGCAGAGAAGACCACAAAGUAGAGAGCACGAUGACGGACAAGGCCCUAGUGCUGGAACUGUGAGGACCCGAAAACCCCUGAGAGACAAAGCUCCCACUGGGAGGGAACCCAGCCCCGAGGAGCUUCUGAGGCAGCUGCAGGAGGAGAGGACGUGCAAAGUGUGCAUGGACAAGCUGGUGUCCAUCGUCUUCAUCCCCUGUGGUCACCUGGUGGUGUGUGGCGACUGUGCUGCCAGCCUGCGCCACUGUCCCAUCUGCAGGGCCGUCAUCAGAGGCAGCGUCCGUGCCUUCAUGUCCUGAGAGUGCGGCACGAGAGACUUUGACUUUUCCUCUUGAGGUUUUCCUUUGCAGGUUGCUUAUUGAAUAUUAUCAACACUAAACAUUUCAACGGUUUGCACUGUGAUUGUUAAUGCAGAUUUGUUUGUUUUUUUACACCGAUUUCUACUAAAAGACACGAGAGCACUGAAAGAGAACUAUGGUUUAUUAAGCACAGCUCUGGAGAAGGAAUACAGUCAGAUCACAUUAGGUAUAAGGAACACUGGGCACAAAAUGGAGGUGAAAAUAGAAAACACUUUAUAUACAAAGAGAGAGAAAUAUCUACAUAGAUGUGCCAUGGUUUUCAGUGGCCACUAGCAAACAGGACAGUUUUAAACUACUGCAAUUCCAGUCACAAUGUGGGACGCUACAUUAGAACAAGAUGUAAAACCAUGUACUGUAUUUGGUAACACUUUAGUAUGGGGAACACAUAUUCACCAUUAAUUAGUUGCUUAUUAACAUGCAAAUUAGUAACAUAUUGGCUCUUUAUUAGUCAUUAUUAAGUACUUAUUAAUGCCUUAUUCCGUAUGGCUUUAUUAUACAACCAGUAAGCCAUCAACUAAGAGUCUUUCCUCAAUAACCUCAGAAUUAUUGCUUAUUAGUAACCCUAACCGUAACCCUAACCCUUAUAUGUUCCCCUAGUGUCCAAAUAACUCUAAAAUAAGUCUUUGUUACUUUAAUAAGCAACUAAUUAAUGGUGAAUAUGUUCCCCGUACUAAAGUGUUACCCUGUAUUUAAUACUGAGUAUGACACACACAUCAGUUUGCCAAGUGUGCACAAUAGGUGUGACCAGUCCCUUCCAAUGGAGUUCACUGUACAGUCGUCCCUCGCCACAUCACGCUUCAAACAUUUUAGUAAACAUAUUCUACUACUUUAAAAUGGCCUAAAUUAGGCAUUUCCUAGCAUACACAAUGGCAAAAAACAACUAAAAUAUCCAUACUACAUUAGUUUUGGCCACUAGAGCACUGGUCCCCAACCUUUUUUGCACCUCGGACCGGUUUAAUGUAGGCAUUAUUUUCACGGACCGGCUUUCCACGUGUGGCAGAUAAACACAGCAAAAAUAAAUGCAUGAAAAAUACAACUCACUAUAACGCUGAAUUAGUGGAAGCCCUGGGCUUGUUUCCUUGCAAUGAGAUGCAGAUGGAAAUCAGCCUUUGGCGAGAAUCUGUCACAUUUAUAUUUUAUAUGUUCAUUAAUGUGAAUUGUAUCACAAAGUUAUAACAAAUAUAACAAAUGGCAACACAUGGUUUUAUUGUACAUCUAUAAAUAACUAUUGGUGUGUCUAGUGCAGUGGUCGGCAACCCGCGGCUCCGGAGCCGCAUGCGGCUCUUUGAUCACUCUGAUGCGGCUCAGCUGCAUACUUGCCAACCCUCCUGAUUUUCCCGGGAGAUUUCCGGAUUUCGAUUCCCCUAGCAGAAAACUCCCGGGAUUAAUAUUCUCCGAUUUUCUCCCUAACAAUAAUAAUAAGGGCGUGCCAUGAUGGUACAGCAUUUAGCGCCCUCUACAAUCUGUACCAACAGCGUGCCAGCCUAGCCUUUUAUUGUAUGCAUCAAGUGACAGCAAGGCAUAC